AAAAGCCUUCUGGCCUAAUCCUUGCCCCGAGAGCAGCUUUCUCCCAAAGAGAAAGUCCUGGAGCCUUGAGGUCUAAGUGGUAUAAAGAGGUGCACCGAGGCACACCAGCGGCGCACGUUCUAGGCACCUGGAAGUUAACUCAAAAAAGUAUCGGAAGAGUCUAAUUCCAGGGCUUAGGUGGUUUCUAGCCUGCACACAGCCCUGCCCCCAAACUCCGGCCUUAGCCAUGGCCUUGGAGCUCCGGACGGGAGGCUGAGGAUGGAGGAGGGGAGGAACCCAGUACCGCCCACUCCCCACUGGACCUGCCCCCUUCGCGCUGAAGAUAAAUAUCCGGAGCAUCCAGCCUGAAAUCACAGCUCUACCAUCCAUCCUGUUGACAAGAUGCCGAUGAUCUUGGGCUACUGGGACAUCCGCGGGCUGGCCCAUGCCAUCCGCCUACUCCUGGAGUACACCGACUCUAACUAUGAGGAGAAGCUGUAUCGUUGUGGGGAAGCUCCUGACUAUGACCGAAGCCAAUGGCUGGAUGUGAAGUUCAAGCUGGGCCUGGACUUCCCUAAUCUGCCCUACCUGAUUGAUGGAGAACACAAGCUCACCCAGAGCAAUGCCAUCAUGCGCUACAUUGCCCGAAAGCACAACAUGUGUGGUGAGACUGAGGAAGAGAAGAUUCGUGUGGACAUGCUUGAGAAUCAGGUUAUGGACUUCCGUUGGCAGCUGGUUCGGGUCUCCUACAGCCCAGAUUUCGAGAAAUUGAAACCUGAGUACCUGGAGCAGCUCCCAGGACAGCUGAAGCUCUUCUCUCAGUUCCUGGGAAAGCAGACAUGGUUUGCAGGGGACAAGAUCACUUUCGUGGACUUUCUCGUGUAUGAUGUCCUGGACCAGAACCGAAUGUUUGAGCCCAAGUGCCUGGAUGAAUUUCCAAACCUGAAGGAUUUCCUUGCCCGAUUUGAGGCUCUGGAGAAGAUUGCAGUCUACAUGCGCUCGGACAAAUUCUACAAGCUUCCCAUUAACAACAAGAUGGCCAAAUGGGCCAACAAAAAAGCUUAGCUGCGCCAAGACCCAGGCAGGAGAGGGACCUUCUACGUGUCCUUCCCGCUUCCAAGAGACCUGGUUUGCUUGCCAGGGUUCCCCUGGCCCCUGCCUCUGCUGUUUCUGAGAUGCACCUGAGCCUUCCUCCCUCCCACUCCCCAAUGUCCGGGCCCUGGAUUUGGGGGAGGUGUAGUCACUGAGGCAGGGGAAGGGCCCGAGGGUGGGGAAGACUGGUAGGCACCAAUGGGGCUAGGAGAAGGGCCUCACUCCCUCCCCCUCCUCCCUCAUCCCAUCCUGCAUCCUUGUUAGCCUGCUCCAGAAAUGAAAAAUAAACAUGAAUUUGUGUGAA